CGGACAGGCUGGGGGCGUGUCUGACACCGAUGUGGAUCUCCCCAUUGGUGGACAGCUAUCCUGGUUACCAACCAACACUACUCACUGGGGACAUGAGAAAACACAGAAAACUCGUAAAAUUCAAAGCUAAUUGCUAACAAAGUGCUGUUUUACAGGGACAGUAACCUUGGGGUUGUCAUCUGUGUUCCCUCUGCAGUGGUAAUCCAACACAACACAAAUUUCAAUUAUAUCUUCUCAUCUGAAUCAUCUGCCCUCCAAAAUAUGGGAUAGGGUUAUGUGAACAGCAUCACCUGCAGCCACACAAUGCAUAACGAGGAGAGUAAGACGUGCCAAGGAGAGAAGCUAGCCUCUGCUGUGGACGACACUCUGGAUGAAUAUUUAAUCGCCCUUCAGCACAAAAACAGGAUCCUAAAGCGCCUUAAAGUCAAAGACCCCAGGGAGAUUGAGUUGGAACAGCUUGAGCAAGGUUUUUCCAUUUAUCUUAAUGGAGCCAAUGCUGAAGCCAAUAGGAAGCAGCCCAAGAGCUCCAACCACAAGUCUGUCACCUCCCCACCUGCUUGGAGGCUGGCACGUACAGCAGAUGUCUGUCGAAGCGCCCACCAGUUAACUGAAGACAGCCAUAAUCUGGAGCAGACUCCCAGGAAGAGGAACCACACUUCCCCAGGAAAGGUCCAGAGGAAAGAAUGGGUGCAGGAUUCUGUCAGAAUUCGAACAGAGGAAGGACCAAGUUUACAGAUCUCCCCAGAAAAACGCUACUCUGAGGAUUUUGAGCCUUCUGAAAGUGUAGACAUGGAGAGCUCCAGUCCGCGCUCGCAUCGUAGUCCCUGCUCCCCAAGGAACACCUACAAGGUGUCGCGCUCCUUCAGCUCCAGGCAUGAGAGCCAAGGAGGCCAAGCAAAUCAGGAGUACAAUGAGAAGGUACUUCUCAACCUUGAGGAAGUGAAGGUUCUGCGACGCAGCCUGGAGGUUAGCAUGCGGCGAAGCAACCGUGGCUCGGCGGGGGAGGAGUCGGACGAGGAGUGGGUGGAGGAGCAGAUCGAGAGGGAGGAGAGCACUGAGAGUCUGGACGAACUGGGGCUGCCUGUUUCGUCCUCCAAGUCCUCCUCCAACCCUCGGCCCAGCAGCUCCCAAUGCCGUUUUGACUCGGCAAACCUCGUUGUCCUGGACUUUGGACCCUCAACUAAAGGUCGUAAGAUUGAACGCUCUCUGUCUGCAAAAAGGAAAGAAAACACUGACACCUUUAUACCUUCCAAGCCCGUGUUGGUGAAGAGCAAAACAUUAGAUAUGCCACCUUCCAAAGAGAGCUGGGAUGGUCAGAGGCCAAGGAGUCGGGUGGAGAGGCCCCUGUCAGCAGCCAGAAAGGCUUCUGUUGAGGAGCGAGACUCAGACGAGAUGGCAUGCAGGGUGCGCCAGGCCAUCCAGAGAGAAAACGACCCUGUGCAGAGCCCUGAGCUCUUCAACCGCAACAUGGGCAGGGGACACCAGAUGAUGAAUGGCUUCGGGCACCACAACAGCCGUGACAAGGAUGGGAACAGUGUCACCGUGGCCAUGCAGAGAAUCACGCUUAUGGGCCCCGGGCAACAACAGAAACUGCUGAAAGCCUUGGAGAAACUUGAAGCAGGACCCAGCUGCAACAUUCCUCAGAGUGUCAAAAUCGACUAUAGCAAGCAGCCGAGAAAGCUGUCCUCGGCCGAUGUCACCCCAACAUUAUAUGUUACCAUGGAGAUCCUGUCAAACUGGGGGAACGCUUUGCAGGUUGGGCUCACUGAGUUGCAGUUCUUCUGCCUCAGAAACAAGAAGGUGUAUGUGUCUCCACACGACAUAGACAUCAGGAACGCUGACUACCCCGGGAAUCUGGGGGCGCUUGUCAACGGAAAGGUGAAGACCACCAAAGAGCGCCACAUGUGGACGUGUUUGUUCCACCCUCCCAUCCAGCUCUACUUCAUCAUCAGGAACACGGAGCGCUCCCCAGACUUUGGAAUAUCUCGCAUCAAAAUCUGGAACUACAACACAAGCCUCAAUGAUCUUGACAUUGGUGCACGGCAUAUAAAGCUGUACCUUAACAGCACAUUGGUGUUUGAAGGUGAGCUGGAGAAGGGCUGCGGCAACCACGUCUUUGACUAUAGCACCACAAUUGACCUCCAGGAUUUCCAGGUUUCAGACUCCUUGUUUUCCAGCCCUGUUUCUUCAGGACACAAUCUACGGGGUGCCAGCCCCCAGCGCCAUGAGGACGGAAAGGGUGGGGAGGGCAGCAGCACCCAGCACCACCACAGUUGGAAUCCGCAGCCAUCAGAUGCAGGCCAGGCUAUGAUAGACAUGCAGGAAAAACCAAAUACAUUGCUACCACCCAUCACUCCUUCACCAGUGGGGGUUUCAUCCUCCGCUCUUCGCUCCUCCACACAAAGAAACUCUUUUGACCUGUCUGCUUCGGAGGAGCCACUCUCUCUCCGGCAGCAGGUGGAGCAGCCUGCGACCAUGGAGCAGACAGUCACCACCCAGCCAUCCUCCUCACGGGUGGCCCCCCAGUGGCUGCAGCCCCUGAGCAGAGGAGCUCCAGAGGGCUGCGAAGCCAGCAGGGAGAGGCCCCGAUGGCUGGUGCCUCAGCACUCUGCAGAGCCCAAAUCUCCGUCAGCCUCGUCCUCUUCAAUGCUCCCGGAGCUGCCGUGUAACCCAGGCAGAGUGUGUAGGGGGAUGGAGAGGACAGUGAACGGGGAUCAGUGGAAGGCUGACUCUUUGGACCUAAGCUGCGACCUGCUGGAGGAGCUCGUGGAGCAAGCCCAAGACAGGCCCAUCAGUGGACGCAGGAGCUCGUUUCGAAACACUGCAGUCAUUGCCAGGCAGACAGAGGAGCAGCACCUUAGAGCUACUGCACUUUCAAACACAGAGGAGCCGAUGCCAUUGGUGAACACAAGCAGGAGGCAGUGCACCCCUCUGGCCCAGCUACACAGCCAACAGGAUGACACCCUCAGGGAGUCCUGGGACUCUCUCACUAAGUUCAACCAAUGCCAGCGUGGACGCAUCUCCAACAUGGGCUUCGAAGGUGACAUCUUUGAUGAGUUCCUCCAGCGCCAGGGCCGUGGUCCAACCACAGUUCCAGUCAACCCUUCCACAGCACCCAGGAGCCCGCAUUCCUCCAUCACCACUCAGGGGCCACUGUGUGAAGGCCCUGACGAUGAUCCAUCCAUGGAACGGGAGGACGAGUUUGAGAUCCCUGUGCUGCCGCAGGGCCAAAGGCUGGUCAUCAACAUCCUGUCCACCUGGGGCGAUCGCCACUACGUGGGCCUCAACGGCCUCGAGGUGUUUAGUUCCAGUGGAGAGCCCCUACGACCUGCUCACAUCCUUGCUGACCCUCCAGACAUCAACAUUCUGCCUGCAUACGGCAAAGAUCCACGCGUGGUCACCAACUUGAUUGAUGGCGUUAAUCGUACCCAGGAUGACAUGCAUCUUUGGCUAGCACCUUUCACCCCUGGUUGUAGCCACACCAUCUUUCUGGACUUUGGAGCUCCCUACCAAGUGGCCAUGAUCCGUGUGUGGAACUACAACAAGUCACGCAUUCACUCCUUCCGAGGGGUGAAGGAGGUGGAAAUGCUGCUGGAUGGAAGGUGCAUCUUCAGGGGCGAGAUUGCCAAGGCAUCAGGGACCCAGUCUGGAGAGUUGGACCAAUUUGGUGACACUAUCCUGUUCACCACUGAUGAUGACAUCCUGGAGGCUAUGUCUCGUUAUGAUGAAACCUUCCUCGGUGAAAGUGAGGGUCCCGAGAGCCUGGUGGCUGAGGAGGAGCUGCAGAGACCACGCACUGCUGAUGGAGAAGGAGAGGAAAGACCCUUCACACAGGCUGGCUUCCGAGAGGAAGACCUCAAAUUGAAACUUCACCUCAACCCCACUGUGAGCCAGUCUGAGGAGAACAUGGAGCAUAUUCCUGGGAUGUACACUGGAAAUUGCCUUAGACUAGAGCUGGUGUUGACUUGGGGGGACUCCCACUACAUGGGCCUGACAGGAUUGGAGGUGGUGGGGAAGGAUGGAGAGAGUUUACCUUUAGACCUCAGUAUGAUGGCUGCCUCACCAGGGGACCUCAAUGACCUGCCUGAGUACGAAUACGACCUGCGCACACUUGAUAAGCUUAUAGAUGGCCACAACAUUACCACUGAUGACCAGCACAUGUGGCUGAUCCCUUUCUCCUAUGGAGAGCCCCACAUCUUGAACAUAACGUUCAACAAGGCCCAGACCAUCGCUGGACUCCGUAUCUGGAACUACAACAAGUCCCCUGAGGACUCUUACAGAGGGGUGAAGGUGAUCCAUUUGUUCAUGGAUGAUGUUGCAAUCUCCCCAUUGGAGGGAUUCCUGAUCAGGAAAGGACCAGGCAACUGUCACUUUGACUUUGCCCAGGAGAUCCUCUUCCUAGACUUUCUCCAGAUGCCCACCGCCAACAAGAGUGCAGUGGACUACCACAAAGGAAGCUUCAAGAAACAAGAACAGGCCAGCAUGGACUAUGAAGCUCCCAUCAUGCCUUGUGGAUUCAUCUUUCAGCUGCAGCUGUUAACAACCUGGGGAGACCCGUACUACAUCGGCCUCAACGGCCUCGAAUUUUAUGACCAAAACCACGAGAAGAUCAUUCUCAGUGAAAACAACAUCGCUGCAUUUCCAGACAGCGUGAACGUACUGGACAAUGUGAGCGGUGAUGUGAGGACUCCAGACAAAUUAAUAGAUGGAGUCAACAGUACCCAAGAUGGAAGAUGUAUGUGGUUAGCCCCGGUGCUCCCUGGACUGGUGAAUCGUGUGUACGUCAUCUUUGAUCAGCCAGUGACGGUGUCCAUGAUCAAACUGUGGAACUACUCAAAGACACCACAAAGAGGAGUAAAAGAGUUUGGGCUGCUUGUGGACGACCUCCUGGUGUACAACGGCAUCUUGGACUGUGUAAGCCAUGUGGCACGAGGCAUUCUGCCUACCUGUGAUCCAGUGGUGCCCUACCACACCAUCCUGUUUACAGACAACGCCUACAUUGCACACCGUGAGAGGAACACUGUCAUCAGCCCUCGUGGCAGCAGACACCACCAACCUAAUUAUGUGGAGGACCAGGAUGUGAAGAUGACCAAUGAGAAUCAGAUAGUCCAUCACAACAAGAAGAAGCAGACAGCCGACCCAGCUCUUCGGCCUAAAACCUGCAUGACCGAUGGUGGGAAACAUGGAAAGAGGAGGUACUGACAGACAGAUGAUGAAGAAGUGGAUUCAGUGCUCAUGCAAAGAGAGCGGAACUGAAAGGGCGGAACUAUGGCUGAAUUUUGAAAACCUCCCUUAUUUUCAGCAAAGUCGAGUUUGCAAAGCAAAGAUCGAAAGUAGCCAUGGUUUGAAAGGGCGACUUGACAGAUGGUCCACAAUCAAAAGAACAGAGCUUGCACAGAUAACAAUGGGUUUGCACACACACGCAAGCACGUGCACACACACACACACACACACACACACACACACACACACACACACACACAGGAUUCCACUUUAUGGUUGGAUCAUUCACCAGGACACGUUAUACUGGACACAUACUGUAUGGUUGCCCCGGUUGUCCCUCCCACAGUGCCAGGAUAAACCUGUGAGGCUGCAUUUUUAUCAGCCCUAUUAUUGUGCCUAGUACUAAACACUAUAUCUGUGGCUGCUACUUGUGACUUCUGUGUUGCAUAUUUAAAUGCUGCUUGUGGCGUGUAAAUACUUUAAAAAACAAAACAAAAAAAAGGCCACAUGAAUACACUCUCACAUCAGGAUGUGGCCACUGGUACAGUUAUUAAUGAAUUGUAUCCACUGAUGAGCCUAGACGAUCAGCUCUUUGCCUAAUGGGUUUGAGAACUGACCAACACUCCCGCCAGUACACCAACCGGUUGUAAUGCUAUGCAGACACUAAUUUAUAUCUAUUAAUGAUUUAUAUCUGUUGGCUAAUAUAUUUUAAAGCCUAACGGUUUUACUUGGGGAAGUGCUUCCAGGGAGCUUUUCACCUUUGAAAGAUUUAUAUCGAAGGCUAAAGUGGAAACGCUUGUAGUUGAAAAAAGUACAGUGGUCCUUUUGUACAUUUCAACUUGAAGCUGCACAAAGCUUCAGACUCCACACUUGAAUAUUCAAAAUGUAUAUUUGGCUUCACAGAAUUAGGUCAGUAUAUUUUUCUGCUUAGCGCCAGGUAGAAAAAACAACUUGUUUGCAAUCCAAGUGACCUUUAUUGAAGUUGCUAUAUAAGGUAGAUUUUAUGGAGGCAAACAUGUCAUGAGCAAGUAAAGCAAGUUUUAGUAAUUUGGUUGGAAAUUAAAAAAAAAAAAAAUCUACAUUUGCCAGUUUAGAUUUUGAGUAGAUUCAGUAACAGGCAACUUCUAAUAUGCAAAUACUAUAAUCUUACCUCAAAUUGAGAAGAAUUAUCUUGAAAAAGGGAUUUAUCUUUAUCUAUCUCUACCUUCACUAUAAUACUUAGUAGUUGGUGUUGUGCUGUUCAUUCAUUCAAUAUUUACUGUACUAACUUGUUGCAUGGGAAAUUAGCUGUUACCAUCUUUAAAUGUUACUUUUGUUUGAAAGGAGUUUUUACUGCUUCAUUGAAAAAUCAUUUUAUCCUCCUUACAUAUGACAGGAGUAACCGUUAUGAAAUGCAGUUUUAUGUAUUUAAUUUCAGCGUGUCCAAGAGCAACAAUGGUCAAUACUCUGUAUCUCAGUCCUGCUCUGUAGGGUGGUGGCUAUUAUUGUGUGUGACAUUAGUGUUUUGAAAUAUUUAAUUAUUUUUCUAAUCUUGAUUGAAUAUGUAUAUUUGAUGUAGGUUUAUUUGAAAUAAAUAAAAAUGACA